AAUUUCUUCAAAGCAUAAUGUCUCUCUUUGAUGAUUUCAUAGAGUCAUCUGAAGCAGCGCACGGUCCAUCCAAUGCCAUUCCUGGUGAAUUGUUUGGUACAGGCCAAACAGGUUAUGGUGCUGGCUUUGAAGGCGUUGAUAGUGUUCGCCUCGAAACAGGCUAUGUAUCUACAGGAUUUGGACAAGUCGAACUUCCGAUAUUUGCCCUAGAUCAUGUUCAAUUCCAACUGCCAGCAACACUUGUAGACAUGGCAGUUUCAAACGACAUUCUUGUUGUUGCUCUUGAUACCUUUCGCAUUCUCCGCAUUGACCUUGAGAAACCUUUAGAAGUUGAAGAGAUUGAUAUUGCUCGGAAACCUGGAGAUGGAAAGAUCGUAAAGAUAUUUUUUGACCCAACUGGAAGACACUUGGUUAUUACUACCGAGAAUGGUGAAAACUAUUAUCUGUAUGAGAAAUGGAGACGUGCCAAACAGCUGGCGAAAUUCAAAGGCGUUACGAUUACUUCAAUAGCAUGGAACAAACAAGCCAGCCUAGCAGAUCCUUCAACACAAGAGAUCCUUAUCGGAACCAAGAAUGGUCUGAUCUACGAAACUUGCUUGGAACCUUCGGAUGAAUUCUUUCGACGAGAAGAAAAAUAUUUUCGACAGGUGUAUUCAAUCCACGAGUCAACCAUGCCAAUUACUGGUAUUCAUUUUGAGCAAUUCCCGGUCAAUAAUCGCAAAUAUUUCAUUAUGGCUACUACACCCACUCGAAUCUAUCAGUUUAUUGGCCAGGUAGGCCCUAACAAUGGAACCCGAGCUCCAAGUGGGUUUGGUGAACCAGAUGACCGGGAACGAACUAUGUUUGAGAGUAUAUUUGCACGAUAUGAUGCCAACCCAGGAUUCCAGGAACUUCCGGGGGAUCUGCCUUAUAGCGAAUUGCAUUUCUUUAGUCGUUUUCACGAUUUGCAACAACAAGGUGUUGCACAGAACUUUGCUUGGUUGACAGGCCCGGGUAUCUAUCACGGAAAUUUAGUAUUUGGAUCUCAGAACAGUGGCGACAGUGUGAUUGACAAUGCAGAGCUACUACAAUAUCCUGCUACUCCUUCUGAAGAUGAAACGGGUCAACUAGUCACAGAGAUCCCUCUCUCUGUGGCACUGACUGAAUUUCACUUUGUGUUGCUUUAUAAGGAUCGUGUACGAGCCAUCUGUCAAUUGAAUGACAAGAUUGUCUAUGAAGAAACUAUACCCCUCAAUCGUGGUGAUAUUGUUCGUGGUUUGACAGUAGACGGCAUCAAGAAGACUUUCUGGAUCUACACUACGGUUAAUAUGUAUGAGCUAGUCAUCAAGAAUGAAGAACGCGAUGUGUGGAAACUCUACCUCGAAAAGAAACAAUACGAUACCGCACUUCAGUACUGCAAAGACUCGGCUCAGAAAGACAAGGUGUUUACGGCUCAGGCCAGAGAUUACUUUGGACAGCGUCGAUUUCAGAUGAGUGCAAAGUACUUUGCAGAGAGUACGGUGCCAUUUGAAGAAGUUGUCUUGAAAUUUGUGGAAAAGGAAGAGAGAGAUGCCCUGCGUGUUUAUCUGACCAGCAAACUCAAUCGACUACGAAAAAAUGAUCGUACACAAAAAACUAUUGUGGCGACAUGGCUGGUAGAAUUGUACCUAUCCAAGCUCAAUGAACUCGAGGACUUGGCAUCUUCUGCUCAUUGUACCUCUACAAAUGACCCUUCUAUUACGCCUGCGAAUUCACUUGCAUACUACAAAGAACAGCAGGAAGACUUCCAGGAUGAAUUCAAGUCGUUCUUGGAGACAUACAGUGUUCAUCUUCAUCGACCAACAACUUACAAGCUGAUUGCUAGCCAUGGACGUAGUUCAGAGCUGCUUUAUUAUGCUUCUUUGAUUGGGGACUAUGACCGUGUCAUCAGUCACUGGGUUAUAGAAAAAAACUGGGCCGAAGCAUUGGACGUCCUAAGUAAACAAGCCAAUCCAGACACAUUCUACAGGUUCUCGCCCGUAUUGAUGGAUAAUGCACCUUAUGAGACUGUAAAUGUAUGGAUGCGGCAGUCGAAUCUCAAUCCACGACAGUUGAUUCCAGCUCUGUUGCGUUAUGACCACAGCAAGAUUGCAGACAAGGUGACUCAUGGUCGUGAGAUGCAUUAUAAUCUCGACUAUGCUCUUCGUCUCUGUAGUCAGAAUAACCGUACUCAGAGCUGUGUUCACAUCUAUAGUCAGAUGGGUCUGUAUGAGGAAGCCGUCAAUUUGGCUCUCAAGCAUCGGGAUCUUGAGUUGGCGAGGAUCAAUGCAGACAAACCCGAAGACGACGAUGUACUGCGUAAAAAACUCUGGCUUAGUAUUGCCAAACAUGUGGUUCAGGAGAAUAAAGACAUAAAGACUGCAAUGGAGUUCUUGAAGCAAGGAGAUCUUCUCAAGAUCGAAGACAUCCUUCCGUUCUUUCCUGACUUUGUUCUGAUUGAUGAUUUCAAGGAAGAGAUCUGUUCUGCAUUGGAAGAAUACAAUGAUCAGAUUGAGGAUCUCAAGGCUGAGAUGGACGAGGCUACCAAGAGUGCUGAUAGUAUUCGUCUAGACAUCCGUGAGCUCAAGAGCAGAUUUGCUGUCAUAAACGCAGUGGAAAGGUGUUAUCUUUGCAACUUCCCGCUACUCACCCGCCAAUUCUACGCCUUUCCAUGUCAACAUGCUUUCCACGCAGAUUGUCUGAUAAACAAGACUACAAAGUACUUGCCUACUCGCCACAUUAGACGUUUAGCUGACCUUCAAGAACAAUUAUCUCGUGAAAUUCAUGCUCAACAUCAAAACCAACAAAUCCAACAAAAUGGCAACACCAGUAAUGGUAACACCAACCAAAACAAUCUUACUUCAGCAGCAGGAGCAACAAACAAUACUCCUACAACCAUGUUGAUUAACGCGGCUGGGAAUAUUCGUGGUGUGAUGUUCCCAACCGAUGGACCUGUUGAUAUUCACGAUGAUCCAAAAAAGGUUGUCGCACGCACCGAACAACUCAAGGAAGAAUUAGACGAUAUUGUGGCAAGCGAGUGUGUUUUGUGUGGAGACAUCAUGAUCAAGUCUAUCGAUCAACCGUUCUUGGCUGAAGAUGAGGCUGAAACAGUGGCUUCAUGGAACAUUUAAUAUGAUAAAAAGAAAAGAUACAUAUAUAAAAUAUAAUAUUUUGUGCGAAAUUUGCACGACU